AUGGCCCGAGGCAUGGCCCUCGAGGGAAUCACCGCGGAUGACGUCGCCUCGGCCUUCUUUGCCAGCUGGGUCGCUCGUUUAGGCGCCCCCCGCCGCUUAACUACCGACCAAGGACGACAGUUCGAGUCGCACCUUUUCAGGCUCCUCGGGCUGACCAUUGUUUUUGAAUGCUUGAGGACCACCAGUAACCACCCCUGCGCCAACGGAAUGAUCGAUCGUUUCCACCGACAGUUCAAAGCAGCCAUUAUGUGCCAUCCGGACUCAACCUGGCUCGAGGCCAUCCCACCCGUCAUCCUUGGUCUUCGCGCUACCUUCAAGCCGGACAUCAACGCUACACCAGCGGAGCUCGUCUACAGAGAACCACUCCAUCUCCCAGGUGAAUUUCUUGCUGCACUGCCUUCCAGCACUACGAUGUCAGAUCCCACCGAAUUCGUCGCCCGGCUACGACGCACCAUCGCCGCCUUACGCCCGUCACCUGCAGCCCACCACUGCAAGCCUACACCUUUCGUGUUCAAGGAGCUAGCAUCGUGCACGCACGCUUUCCUCCACGAGGACACCGUCCGCAGGCCUUUCUGGCCACCCUACAGUGGACCCUACCUGGUCGUCCAUCGUGACGAGAAAAACUUCACUCGGCGCCUGAACGAGAACGACGUCUGCGCCUCGACUAACCGGCUCAAGCCCGCAUACAUCGCUGCGAAUGAACCGGGCAGCGCCACUCCAUCCACAGGCAUCUAUCCGCAGCCACCGACGUCACAGCCCGCUCCGGUCACGACGCACUCUGGACGUCUGGUACGCCUCCCAGAUUUCUACAGACCCUGA